AUGGCUGCCUCUUCUUCCUUGUUCAACACCUCCCUCUCUUCAUUCGACCCAAAACCUAAACCCUUUUACCCAAACUCUCUUUCCAAACACCGCCCUUCCUCUCUCAUCACCUGCACCACCUCUUCUUCCUCCAACAAUGCCUCUCCUUCUAAGGUCCGCCGCUCCGAUGAGAACAUCAGGGACGAGGCUCGCCGCCACCGCGCCAUUUCCAACGACUUCUCCGCCAAGUACGUGCCCUUCAACGCUGGGUUCGAUUCCUCCGAGUCGUACUCGCUCGAUGAAAUCGUUUACAGGAGCCGCUCCGGAGGCCUACUCGAUGUCCAGCACGACAUGGAUGCGCUCAAGAAGUUCGACGGCGCGUACUGGCGACGCUUAUUUGACUCGCGCGUGGGGAAGACGACGUGGCCGUAUGGCUCUGGGGUUUGGAGCAAGAAGGAGUGGGUGUUGCCGGAGAUCGAUAACGAUGACAUCAUUAGCGCGUUCGAAGGGAACUCUAAUCUCUUCUGGUCUGAGCGUUUUGGCAAACAGUUUCUGGGCAUGAACGAUCUAUGGGUUAAGCACUGUGGUAUUAGCCACACUGGGAGCUUUAAGGACUUGGGGAUGACGGUUUUGGUCAGCCAAGUGAACCGUCUCCGGAAAUUGAAAAGACCUGUGGUUGGGGUUGGCUGUGCCUCGACGGGAGAUACCUCGGCGGCCCUCUCCGCCUAUUGCGCAUCCGCAGGGAUCCCAUCGAUCGUUUUCCUCCCUGCGAACAAGAUCUCAAUGGCUCAGUUGGUCCAACCCAUUGCCAAUGGCGCAUUUGUACUUAGCAUUGACACAGAUUUCGACGGUUGUAUGAAGCUAAUUAGGGAAAUCACCGCCGAGUUGCCCAUUUACUUGGCCAAUUCUUUGAACAGUUUAAGGCUCGAGGGUCAGAAAACAGCAGCUAUUGAGAUUUUGCAGCAGUUCGAUUGGCAAGUUCCCGAUUGGGUUAUCGUUCCGGGUGGUAAUCUUGGUAAUAUUUAUGCCUUCUACAAAGGAUUCAAAAUGUGCCAAGAGUUGGGUCUCGUUGAUAAGAUUCCAAGGCUUGUUUGUGCUCAGGCUGCCAACGCCAACCCUCUUUAUCUUCACUACAAGUCAAAUUGGAAGGACUUUAAAGCCGUUAAGGCUGAGUCGACCUUUGCUUCAGCUAUACAGAUUGGUGACCCUGUUUCCAUUGAUAGAGCUGUGUAUGCUCUUCAGAAUUGUGAUGGGAUUGUUGAGGAAGCUACUGAGGAGGAGCUCAUGGAUGCCAUGGCGCAAGCUGACUCAACUGGCAUGUUCAUAUGCCCACAUACCGGAGUUGCACUAACGGCUCUGUUCAAGCUCAGGAAGAGUGGGGUUAUUGGACCCAGUGAUCGGACGGUGGUUGUUAGCACUGCUCAUGGUCUCAAGUUUACGCAAUCGAAGAUCGAUUAUCACUCUAAAGACAUCCCGGAAAUGGCAUGCCGGUUCGCUAAUCCACCAGUGGAAGUGAAGGCAAAUUUUGGCUCAGUUAUGGAUGUUCUCAAGGACUUUUUGAAUAAGACUCCAAAGUUAUGAGCACAUAAACGAUAAAACUGUAAGUUUAGUAGCAGUUUUGCUAUUUUGUUGCGGUCAAGGUUCUAUUUUUAGCUUCUGCUGUUUAGCUUGUAGUAUCCUAUUACUUUUCCUGUUUUGGGGCUCAAUAUCUUGUUCUCUAUUUUGUUGAGUUAAAUUAAGCUAUAAGGCUAGAAGUGAUACACUCAAUUUCCUGUUGCAAUGGUUUACAGUUUUUGCUUGUGAAAUAAAGAUUGCAACUUUUCCAA